UUGUUUCUCUCUCUUCAUGAUUCCAUUCGUUUACAGCAUUCGAAGUCUCGAUCAAUCGAUUUCCCCAAAUAAAUUUCCACCUUCCCUCCAUUAAUAAGGGCAUCAUCUUGAUCUCCAUCUUCUUUGUAAGACCACCCUUGUUGCCUUCUUAAACGGGCAAGACGAGCGACGUUCCCCACUCUCCAGCUUUCAAACUGAGCUCAGUAGAAAAUAGGUGAGGAGAUCUGAAAUGACCACCUGCGAAGUAAAGAUUUACUACUCUGUAAAAGGGGAGGCAAUGGCAUUGGAGCGGAAGCUAAGGGUGGGGGAGAUGGUGCUGAGGCUGGCUGUAUUAGGGCUUGGAGUGACAGCGGUAGCUCUGGUGGGGAGUGCUAGCCAAGUAAGGACGUUCUUCUCGUUGGAGAAGAAGGCGGAGUUUACGGAUAUGAAGGUUUUGGUGUUCUUGGUGGUGGCUAAUGGGGUGGCGGCCGGGUAUAGUUUGUUGCAGGGGAUGUUCUGCGUGGUGAGAAUGGUGAAGGUGAGUGUAGUCUCCAGCAAGGGAUUGGCCUGGGUCAUUUUUGCCUGCGAUCAGGUGAUGGCUUAUGUGACACUAUCAGCAUCAGCAGCAGCAGUGCAAUCUGCAGUUCUUGGGCAGUUUGGCCAACCAGAGCUAGAAUGGAUGAAGACAUGCAAUCUCUACAGGAAAUUUUGUACGCAGGUAGGGGAAGGGUUAGUAAGUGCUUUUAUAGCGAGCUUGAUUAUGAUACUCCUUUCCUGCUUCUCUGCUUUCAAUCUCUUCAGGCUUUAUGGUAGCAGGAAAGCAAAACAGACCAGUAAUGGAAGCUGGUAAUCAUUUCAUUUUCUGAGCUAUAUAUGAACACUUUUAUAAUAUAUAUGGGAGACUACUUCACUGUGCUGUAAUUAUCGUGCGGGCUUUUAAACGGAGUUCAUUAUGUUUAUAUCUA